AAAUAAAAAAUAAAAAAUAAAUAAAUAAUUAAAAGAAAAAAAAACACAUACGCAGUUACGCACACAACACAAAGAAAUUGUCGAUUUUGAUUCUUGGGGAAGAGGUUAGGUAGUGUGUUGUUAAAUAUAAAUCACACCGUUUGGGAAAACAAAACAAGAGUGGCCAACGUUAACUUUAAAGAAACAUCCGUAAAAAAUAUGCAGCUUCGUACUUCUCCGCUUCCCGCCGCUCCUCCUUCUUUGUUCUCGUUUUAGCUUUCUCUCUUUUAACUUUCACCUCUCACUUUCUUCUUCUUUCAACCAAGGUAUCCUGUGCAAUUCGUUUGGGUUACUUGCCAGACAGUUUCUGUUUUAUUAUUACCAUGCCUACUUUUACCGCCAUAGCAUUGGAUAGGUUGUUAGAGACUGGAGCUUCCAAGCCAGUUGUUGAUAAAUCCGUUCCAGCUUCAAUGCCUGUCCCGAAUUCACAGAAGCUGGACAGGAGUACUAGUGCCCCAAACACAAAAAAUAAGGUUCCUCGUCCUCAAUUAAAACCGGCACUUUAUACCACUCCUGAGGUGAAGCCAAUUCCAGACUUGCCUUCGCCUUCUUCAUUCCCUCCUUCACCGUACAUCAUCAACCACAAACGACGUGGUCCACGCCUCCUUAAGAGUUCUUCCGAGGCCAGUGUACUGUCCAAGCAGAAUGCUCAUGAUGAUGACGAGGUUAAUAAUCAGAGCUUAGACACUGUGGUUGCAAGUUCAGCUGGUGACCUACAGGUCACUUUUAAGAAAACUGAACUUGUUGAAGAGAAGCAUGUGAAUGGUGUCGAUGGCGGUGAACUUGAUAGCAGCGAUGAUGGUGACCUCCGGAAUGGACACAGGGAAACUGGAAGUAGUAGCUUUCCAAAUGUUUUAAAUAGGGAAAAGGUACCAGCAUUGGAUUCGCCAAGAGAGAGAGAGAUUGAAGACUUCUUUGAUCCACAAGAUUCAAUGAGUUUCACUAGUAACACAGAUGGGGAAGAGAAUGCAGGGACAGAACUGUCUGUGAAAUUCAGCACUUCUGGCGGGGAGUUUUAUGAUGCUUGGGAAGAACUAUCUUCUGAUAGUGCAACUCAAAAUUCUACGUACGAUGUUGAAGCUGAAUUACGUGAAAUGAGGCUGAGUCUAUUGAUGGAGAUAGAGAAGCGGAAGCAAACUGAAGAAUCCCUUAACAACGUGAGAAGACAAUGGGAGAGUAUUAGGCAAGGGUUAUAUCUUGCAGGAAUUGUUUUGCCUGCCGAUCUUACUGCUGUUGCUGAAGGUGAGCAGCUGAAUUCUGAUCCCGUGGAAGAUCUAUGUCAACAAAUUGAUGUUGUUAGGUUCAUAUCAAAUGCCAUUGGGAGAGGAACUGCCCGGGCUGAGGUGGAGAUGGAGAUGGAAGCUCAACUAGAGUCAAAAAACUUUGAGAUUGCUCGACUCUUGGAACGUCUCCACUAUUAUGAGACCAUGAAUAGGGAGAUGUCUCAGAGGAACCAGGAAGCAGUAGAGACGGCACGGCGUGAGAGGCAAAGAAGGACUAGGAGACAGAGAUGGAUUUGGGGCUCUGUUACAACUGUGAUUGCACUUAGUACUGCAGCAAUAGCAUGGUCUUAUCUCCCAAUGGGUGAAGGAUCAUCCUGUGCAGAUCAUGAUCUGGUUCCUGACCAUGAUGAUGCAGCCAAGUAAUUACCCCAUCAUCACUAAUUGCAAUGCCGUGUUAUGGUAGAAGAGGAAAAUAAUAUUUAUGCAUGCCACUGUGCGGUCAACUUAUCUCUUUAUCAGUUGCAGUUUUCCGGCAUCCUGAGUAUGUGCAUAAUUUAUAUAUAUAUAUAUAUAUAUAUAUAUAUAUAUAUAUAUAUAUAAGAAUUUGUGCCUUUCACUGGAAAUCGUGGUAAGUAGUUUGGUGAAGUUUUUUGAUCUGUCUUGUCGAGAAAAUAUUCUAUGGCUUCUUCAUAUGCCAUCCGUGCCAGCAGUGUCACUUGGAAACUCUGAGGAGACGUGCAUAUAUGCUUCAUGCUUGGCCAUCUGAUACAUCUGGCACGGUGCCUAUAUAAUAGAUUCUGUAAGUCCGUUCCUUUGAGCAUUCUCAGACAGCAAAAGCGGAUUUGAUUGGCCUCUGGAUGCUUGUUUGCUGAACUUAUUAAGGGGAAGCUUGUUGAGCAAUGAUGAAUGGCCUAAUAGAAUUCUGGUGUGUUAGUGCUGUGUCUCUAUUGGUUGUUCGUUGGAGUACUAACGUAGAAUACAAAUUAUAGGAAUUGGCUAACACCACAGAUAUAAUUAUGUCAUAAACACAUUACGAUAGCGUUUGAGAAUAAAGCAUUUCUGAUUGUAAUAACCCUACAAAACUAUUGGUUUUGCUGUGGUAGUUAAUUGUUUAA